AUGUUGAAGCACAGCUGCAGCCUGCGACCCAUGCCGCUGGCAGUGCGCGCGGGGUCGCUGGCCGGGCGUGCCUCGAUUAUCAUUGCGUCCGCGCAAUCUGUGCUACAGACGCCGGACUGCUCUGUGUCACUGAUACUACCUGCUUUCUCGUUUCGCCCCGCCCUCAGAAUUGCGCUCUACAUGGACGUGCCCUCCCGUGUCAGCAAACAGGUGCUCGAUGCGAUAGCGCUGAUCAGAUUAUCUGUCUGGAUGCCUCGCGAUUACCUGCGGAGAACCGUACUGAGCUACAAUGGAUGCACUACCGGCGCGCGGAGGACCACGGUCGCUGGCAAAGUUCAUUGCGGCUCUCUCCGGGUACUGUGUCGUGUCCUCAGCAGCACGUUCUCGGCGGACACAUGCACUGUCGGUUCAAGUAAACAGUGUGGCGAGAGAGUGGCCAUGAGCAAGCCGCCAUGUUCUCUCACGUCCCGUGCCAGCAUUUCCCUUCAAAGAUUCUGCGUGAGAUCUUCGGAGUCUAGUUGGAGAUGUGAGGUGCACUCUGGUGCCGCAUGCUUCCCCGUUGGGCAUGUCGAAUUGCGUGCGGACUGGUGUCUACGAGACCGCCUGCCUCGUUCAGGUCGCGCGACUGUGGCCAUUGCGGUCGCGCUCUCAGAAGCGACGGUGAACAAGGAAAUCCAGCAGGUGUCUGUUCAACGAGGGAAGAGUGCCACCCAGGCGCACUCUGCUCUUUACUUUGAUGUGGCCGCAAUCCCGAACAGGGAAGUGCCCUCCUCCGGCCUCCCGUUCAGCGGCUCGGGCGAGCAAAGCGGCGUCGCGCUCGCUUGGGGGUAUUUCAGUCUGCACUUUUCGACGGCAUGGCCACCACCCCUCCUCCAAGCCCGGGAGCUCUCAGUGUUCCGUACGUCCCACGUCCUACCCACCGCCCCGGCUGCAACCGCCAGCGCCCGCAAACUUGCAAUAAUGGGGAAAAACGCGUCCAUCAAGAACCCUCCCAAUGACAAUGACCCCUGGGUUUGCCCCGAAUUCCCGCAGUGCAUUCACAUGAGUAGUCAACAUCAGAACGUGCUCGAGCACUAUGUUGUAAAGCACACCGAUGAAAAGCCCCAUUAUUGCACCUUCCUCAUCAACGGGAACCAGCCUUGUCCCAAGCGGUUCGCGAGCGGGAAAGACUCCAGCAACCACAAGCGGUCCGCGCACGGCUACGACUCGAAAACCGCGACGACCGAGGAACGCUCGAAGCACAUCUGCAGAGGCAAGCACGACAAAUACAAGCAUCUCGUGCUCCGUCUCUCCGAGAAGAUACGCCGUCCCGGGUUGGACGGGGCCGGCUCUUUUCCUUCUGGCAUCAAGACAGAAGAAGACCCAUACCCCGAACGUUUCCUGCGCGGCCCCGUACCCCCACAAACGUCGCAGUACCCUGUGCGCGCGCACGCUUUCCAUCCCUACCACCAUCCUCGCGCGCCGCGCGCGAUGGAUCCUCCCUCUGCGCUCGGCCCCGGGCAUCCCGGCGUGUUCGGCCCCGACAUGAUUCGCAUGAAGAUGGAGGAGGAGCGAGACGCGGGGCGGCGCGUCCGCCACUACUCCGUGCCGCCCCAGCCCCCGGCGUACCAAACGCACACGUUCGCGCGCGCGCAGACGGACCCUCUGAGCCGCGCGCCGCAGGCGUACCGCGCUGCCUACAACAACUUCAAGCGCGAGGAGGUGGAGGCGCCGAACCUGUCUGGGUUGUGGCCACAGACGCCGUUCACGAUGGUGCCGGGCCAAACCGCGUUUGUGAAGCGCGAGCAGUCGGUGGUUCCAGAUCAGUGGAUGCUGCAUGGAGUGCCGUAUGGUCAUCAUCAGGGAGGGAUGUCGAGAGCGUGGUAG